AUGGUGGACUCAGUAAGAAAAAAGUUUGAAUUAGCUGGUCAAAACCAUCUUUUCAAAUAUGUGGAUGAUUUGGAUUCUCGUCUUCAGCAACAAUUUUCUUCCCAGUUGGAAACAAUAGACGAUCCCUGCAAGCUUGUAAAUACAACAAAGGAAGCUCUUGCAUUCUCAAGCACCAACGGAGCCACCAGAAACUUGACUCAGCUUCCCACAGACUGUUGUGCUUCGACGUUGGAUGCUUCUGUGGAUCAAAAAAAAUCAUGGGAAGAAAAGGGUCUUCAAGCAAUCGCUGAUAAUCAGGUGGGAGUAUUGUUGAUGGCAGGAGGCCAAGGUUCACGGUUAGGAUCGUCAGACCCCAAAGGUUGCUUUAAUGUGGGAUUACCUUCGGGGAAAUCUCUCUUCAAUAUUCAGGCUGAUAAAAUUUUGCGACUUCAACAAAUUGCUGCCUCCAGGUUUCCAGGGUCCAAGCCGGUGCUUCGGUGGUAUAUCAUGACCAGUGGUGCCACCAGGGAAGCUACAGAAGAAUAUUUUACCAAGAACUCGUUUUUUGGGCUCGAAAAACUGCAGGUGACCUUCUUUGAUCAAGGCACUUUGCCCUGCUUCAACUUGGACGGAACCAAAAUUUUGCAGAAUUCCAAGAGUAGUAUUUGCGAGUCUCCCGAUGGAAAUGGCGGCUUGUACAAGGCGCUUGCCAAAAACGGCAUUUUGGACGAUUUUGUUUCCAAAGGUAUUAAACACAUCCAUAUGUACUGCGUUGAUAAUGUUUUGGUAAAAGUUGCCGAUCCAGUCUUCUUGGGUUUUUCCAUCCAACGACAGUUCGAUUUGGCUACAAAAGUGGUUAGAAAGAGAGAUGCGUGCGAGAGUGUGGGUCUUAUCGUGUUGGACAAAGAUAUCAAUAAACCAUGUGUCAUUGAAUACCUGGAAAUUUCCAAGGAAUUGGCCAACAAAACCGAGCCCAACGACCCUUCAAAAUUGUUCUUGAGAGCUGCUAAUAUAGUCAAUCACUACUACUCGGUGGAUUUGCUUCAACGGAUGGUUCCUCAAUGGGUCGACUCUCCAAAGCACCUUCCCUUCCACAUUGCCAAGAAAAAGAUUCCUUGUUUGAACGAGAACGGCGAAUUUGUCAAACCAGACACACCCAACGGAAUCAAGCUUGAGCAGUUUAUUUUCGAUGUAUUUCCCUCGGUAGAACUCUCCAAAUUUGGAUGUCUUGAAGUUGAAAGAUCAGAGGAAUUUUCGCCGUUGAAAAACGCCGAUGGUGCAGCCAACGAUACCCCAACUACAUGUCGGAACCACUACUUACAACUCGGCACAAAAUGGGUCAAGGCCAAUGGGGGAAUAGUAGAGGAUGGAUUGGUGGAGGUCAAUGGAACCACCAGCUAUGGAGGAGAAGGGUUAAAGUUUGUUAAUGGCAAGUCAUUUGCUGCGGGAGAUAUCGUUUGA